GAAGGGGAUGAAGAUGAUGAACUAGUUUAGCCCAGGUUAAUACUCUUCUAAGAUGAGCCAGGGGCCAAACCUCGUCCUCCAGUGGCUCUCGAAGCUCCACCUGGCCCAGUACGUGGAGUCCUUCCUCGACAACGGCUAUGACGAUCUAGAAGUGUGCAAGCAGAUCGGAGAGCCAGAUCUGGACGCGAUCGGCGUUCGCAUCCAGUACCACAGACACAGGCUGCUCACAGCCGUGGAGGAGCUCAAGGAGGAGGACAGGAGGAAGGCACCCGGCUACUAUUUCACCUUGGAGCCUCUGGACGCUCCUGCCUGUCACCACCCGGGCCUCCCUGACAGACUCGGUGGCCCCGGGUCACUGGGGUCACACGCGCAGGCCGCAGGCGCACACCAGGCCUCCUGUCCUGGAAACCACAACCCGAGAUUCACAGACUGCGACGACUUUGUGACUUAUCCCAAACUGAAGCUGAAAGUGCUGAUACGGGACAAACUGGCAAAGGAUGGCAUCAACCUGGGACAAGCACCUUACACCCACAAGGAUGGCUCUGUGGGGAACCUUGAUAACCUCGCUCAGGAGUACUCCCAGUACUACGGCACCUCCCUCAGCGACGUGUGCGAGAGGAUGGAGGAGCUACGGAAACGCAAAUUAGUGCAAGAGAUGGAGCUGGGAAAGCUUGACUCAGCGGCCACAUCGCCACACCUCCGCUCUCAGAUCCAGGAAUCUCUUGGACUCAGCAGUGGCACAUCGACUCCAGAGACUGAGAGAAGGUUUCCUGUGCACAAAUCCAGCUCAGAUGAUGGAUCAGGAGGGAAAUGGGAAGCGAAGAAGAAGGGCAAGUCUUUAUGGCAGAAUUUCCGCAAGCCUCAGAAGGGAGUCAUGCGUCAGACUUCAAAGGGUGAUGAUGUUGGUUUCGUUGCCAGCGAGGUCACAAUGAGUGAUGAAGAACGUAUUCAACUGAUGAUGAUGGUGAAGGAGAACAUGAUCUCGAUAGAGGAAGCCCUCGCACGGCUGAAAGAGUUCGAGACCCAAAAUAGACCAGCAAGCAGAUGUGAUCCCCCCGAGUCGCCAGAUCCCUCCGGUGCCGGUCCAAACUGCUCGUUCAGCUGCAACCCUGCUGAGCUGUCUGAUAAUGAAGAGGAAUCUCAGACGUUCAAAAGGCUCCACAAAUUGGUCAACUCCACUCGCAAAGUGAAAAAGAAGCUGAUCAGAAUAGAUGAGUCCAAAAGGCUCACAACGGAUGAGAGUCUAAAGGUAGAUGGCCUACCCUGCGGUGAUGGCAGCAUCUCCCUGCAUCCAGGUGUGCAGAGAAAACCGUUGGCUUGUCCCGUGGACUCCCUGGCUUCAGCUCUGCAGAAGCAGCUCACCGCUGACAGGGACUCGGACAGCCUGACCACCUCCCCGUCCUCCAGCAGCCUGGAGACAUGCAGCAGCCAGAAGAUGCUCCAGACCUACGGGAAGUGCAGCGGGAGCCCCGUUCACCAGGAGGCCAGCAUGGCAGAGGAGGUGAGGGAGGCAGGCGAGGGCUCCUCCAUCUCUGAAACGGAGGGGUGCAGCGAAGAGGAGCCCAAAAUGGCACGCUCUGCGACCGACGGAGAGCUCCGUCACCGGGCACUGGCCUCGCUUAGCCAUCAUGGAAGAGCUUGCAGCUUUGGAGGAUUUGACCUGACCAGUCGCUCAGUUCAAGCAGUCACUUCGGACAACGACAACACUACGAAAGCUGGAGAGGGCGGUUUGAGAGGCGAGGUGAAGUCUCCCUCGACGUCGCGGAUUUCUCUGGGUAAAAAAGUCAAGUCUGUGAGGGAAACGAUGAGAAAACACAUUUCCAAGAGAUACCAAUGUUCUCUCUCUGAGCAGUCGAGUCCAGACAGAGUAACCAGCCGCCCUCACUCGCCUCAGACGGACUCUGACUCCCUGGAGAAGCCCAAACUAAAGCCGGGAGGCUCUGUGGAGAGCCUGAGGAGCUCCAUCAGUGGGCAGAGCUCCAUGAGCGGCCAGACAGUCGGCACCACCGACUCGUCCAACAGCAACAGAGAGAGCGUGAAGUCGGAGGAUGGGGAAGAAGACGAGUUGCCUUACCGUGGACCUUUCUGCGGACGAGCGCUGGUUCAUACGGACUUCACCCCGAGUCCCUACGACACAGACUCCCUCAAACUUAAGUGUGGAGAUGUGAUCGAUAUCAUCAGUAAGCCCCCGAUGGGCACCUGGAUGGGAAUGCUCAACGGUAAAGUCGGCACCUUCAAGUUCAUUUAUGUGGACGUUCUGAAUGAGGAGGUGAAGCCCAAAAAGACACGCAGGAGGAGAAAGGCCCGGCAUCCCAAACCCACAUCUGUGGAGGAGCUGCUUGAGCGCAUUAAUCUGAAGGAGCAUCUCCCCACCUUCCUUUUUAAUGGGUACGAGGAUCUGGACACGUUCCAGCUGCUGGAGGAGGAGGACCUGGAUGAGCUGAACAUCACAGACCCUCAGCACAGAGCUGUGCUGCUCACUGCUGUGGAGCUGCUCCAGGAGUAUGAAGGUAGCAGCGACCCUGAGCGCGGCGGUCAGUCCGGAUCCUCGCAGGAGAAGCUGCUUCUGGACAGACGCGGGGUCCUGGGCGACUCCCCGCGGGACUCCGGCUGCUACGAGAGCAACGAGAACCUGGAGAACGGAAGGCACAAAAAGUCUGCUGGAUCCGUCAGCAGGUCGUCCUCUGGAUUUGAGUCCGGCCACAUCCCAUCCCCAGAUCACCCCGUCUCCGUUUCCAAGACCACUGUCCAAAAUAAAGCUCCCCUGCCCUCCACCCAGCCCCCUCUUACACCCCAGAACUGCUUUGCACUCGUAAACUCGGGGAAAGUCAUUAGUCGAAGCGUCAGCUGCACAGACCUGAGAAGGAACCCGGCACCUGUCCUGUCGCAGCGUUGCAUCUCCCUAAAGGCUCUGCACAAAGGGCAAGACCCUAAAGACUGGGAUCCGACCGCCAGAAAGUCUGUUCAGGCCUCACAGCAAGCUGCACCUCCUCAUCCUGUGUGUAGAGCUCCUAGCCCAGACAAAAAGAAUGUGUUUACCUCUAAACAGACAGAAAGCACGGAGAGCAGACCCGUCGAGUUGCAGCAAGCUGCAGAAACGUCCGGUCAGCCGGACGUGCGGCGAGAUUUCUUCCUGACAGAAGCCACCUGCAGGCACGGCUGCAACGAUCAAAUCCCUGCAGUGGAUAAGACGAAGCGCUCGGUUUCGGCUGCUCUAGAAGCUCGGCGGCUAAAAAUGAGAAGAAGUGCAAAGAUUUCCACGGAUUCAGUAAAUCAGGGGCCUAACGUGGAGAAAAAAGACUCCAUUUCCAGACUGGUGACCUAAAACCGGAACCUGCUUCAGCUACAGUUGUGAUUUCAAGCAUACAAUGAGGAGACUGUUUUUUUGGCUUUUUACCGCCGCUGUAUCUGGAUGCGGCUUUUCUUUGUCUGAUCAGGUGGAAAAAUGUAAUGGAAGAUGGUGCGGUUUGUCUUGUGUGAGGUGAAAACAUGAACAAGAUCAUGGUAAAAUGCGGCCCUUCUGUUCCCGGUUAUAGUUUCCUCCAUCCGGCUAAUUUCAAGAGGCUCUGCAGACGUUCUGACCAGAGCCCAGCAGCAAAGGGGCCGUUUCAUCAGAACAAAACCGUCGGUUCAUUUCAACUAAAUAUCUCUAUACUGUCCAAAAGAAACUUCAGUGCUAGAAUUUGUGUAAAGAUAUCCAAAGAUGCAUGAAAGGAUUACAGUGAGAACUCAUGUAAGAUUUAUAGAAAUUUAAUGUAUUUUUCUUACAGAAUUUCUACAUGUAAACUACAGCAUUUCACCCAUUAACAUGACAUAUUUCCCAUCUGUUCACCACAAUUAAAGCAGUUUUGCUAUUGUAAAUGGCAUGUCUAAAAAUGUGUGCCUGUUCAUUAAUUUAAGCCACAUUUUCUUUAUUAAAAUUCAUUAGAAUUAUUCUUUGUACAAGUCUAAGUAUAUUAAAAUGGUAUUUCUGACAUUG